UCCCUGCUUUCGACAUACCUACUCUGAUGAACAUAUCGCAUGACUCGAAGACCGGAGAGAGCCUCGUCCACGAUGUUCUCGACUACCCUUUACUGCAAAAGGCCGCGAUCGCUUUGAACUUCUCCAUAAAGUACGUCGAGAUUCUGCUCAGUGAAAACAUCACCCUUUUGAGAGCUCAAGAGGCAACGAAACUCGCGUUACAAGAGAACCACUUGAACGUCAACCUGCUGCUUUACGCCUUCACGUUCCACGAUCCAGAAUACUCCACCCUGCAGAUCUUCUCCAUCUACGGUUGCAUCAAAUCCGUGGCCAUAGCCCCGGUUAUACGUCUCUUCAAGCUGAGCUUACCCUGGUACAUUAUCUGCUACAUCUUCGUCGUCCCUGUGAUAGCCUUCAUCGUCGUCUACUCUCUGCGGGUUUUCAGGGUAAUCCGUAGAGUCUGGAAGCUCUUCGAGAUUUUGCAGGUACUCCUAGGUAUACCAGUAUCGAACGUCAAGUCAGAAAUGUUGAACGAGAGGCUGUUCUCUCUGAUCUUCACCUUCACGUCGUUCUGGUACUCGAACGAAUUUUACUCAAACUUUGUCGACGAGAGCUUUGUCAGCAACGAAGUUAGCUUCGACACAUACGAAGAACUGGGGGACUCUGGACUGCAGAUCUAUGUCGAGGUAUUAGCUUCCGAUUACGCCUUCAACGAACGAUUAUUGACAGAGAUCAAGUGGUUGCGCGAAAUCUAAGCCAGGACGAAGAGGACCGACGACAUAUCCAAGUGUGUGAAGCGACUAAAAACGAAGAAAGACUGCAUCUGUCUGAUGGCGGAUUGGAGAGCAGAGAAAUUCAUGAAAGCGUCGACGAAGAUUGACGGGAGUAGAAAGAUGAAGAUCGCGAAGCCGGUCGUCUCGUGUAUGACCUGCAGGUAUACCUUCGAGCAUACCUCGCCAUUCAAAGAGAGAGCUUAUUGUUCAGACUCUGCGCUGUGCUGACGGUUGGGUAUUUUCUCUGCUUCUGGUGAUAUUGCUUGAAGUUGUUUCGAGCUGCAACGUGGUGUCUUUCUGUUCAAUAUGUAACGUUUGUCGAUUCAAUAUGUACUUUUACGUAAUUAGCUACUGAUUUAAUUUUAUGACAUAUAGCAGUAUAUAGUAUUGAAAUGAAUAACGCAGAAAGGUAUACAAGGCAAGACAAAAAUAACAACUCAUGUAUUAAGAAAGGUAAUUCACAUACAACUGUUUAUUGAGACAUGUAGAAUACAUCUGGUCAUACACAAAAUCUUUGACACUUUAAAUCAAGCUCCUAGCUCGAAAAGGAACCAUAUUUCAACGCUGUUUUAUCUUUUUAUCAAAUUCAUUGUUUAUAAUCAUUAUGUUUAACUACUUUCACACUAAAAUUAGGGGGGAUGGGAGGGGCAACUUUUUUAAAAUUGCGGAAAAUUAUUAAAAGAAAAAAAGAAAAGAAGAAAAGAAGAAAGGAAAGCAAAGCAACUGGUGGCUGAAUAAUGCGAUUCACAGAAGAAAGAGAAAUUUUCUUUCCAAAUUAAGAAUUGACAAAACUAUUUCGCAAGAGAAAAUUCCGUCCGGGAGUUUCGAUUUAACUUGUCCAUUCAAUUACAUGGUUCAUUCGUAUAUUAUUUUUUUUCUGUUUCUUUUCGUUACUCUUAUCAGCACUGUGAGUAUAAUGUGUUCGUGUGUUUAACGCGUGUGUUCUCUUUAUAGGUCCUUUGAAAAACAUCGUCCUUGCUUUUCUUUCGUA